AUGAAACGAGCAAAAUUGUCAAUGAAACGUGAAUGCUACGAAUUUGAUGAUCCCGCCGAUCGAAUAUGUAACUCUUUAACACCAGAUACACCAAUGUUUACAGUUUUUCGUGAUGUCAUUGCAAAGUGUAUGGCUGUUUGGUCCGACGGUCCUAAUAAUUAUGUUGUUGCUAGGAGCAAUAAUGGAAAAAAAUUUGUUUGUUUUACAUAUACAAAAACAAAAUAUGAUGAUCAUCAUCCACUCGAACUCUAUUUAUCGUCCGAUGAUUCAUGUCGAGAUUUACUAUCAAGAGAAUCAGCAACCGUAUUCACGGUUGACUCAACUCCUUUAACAAAAUCCGAUCCAAAUUUUUCUCUACCACAAUGGGCUACUGGUAAUUGGACAGUUGUCGGAGGUAGUGGAAAACAUUUUCAUAUUAGUGAUACACAAAUCAUUCUUUACUCAAAUGGAAGGCAUAUACAUGAAUUUAAAUUAAUUAAAUUACUUCAUUAUAAAAAAAAUGAUGAUGAACUACAGAAUCAGACAAUGAUUCGUAUUAAAGGAAAAGCAUUACAACAUUGCACAUCACUAACAUAUUGUAUCACAUUGACAUUUCGAUCACAUCUAGUAAUCGAUAUUUCUUUGGAACAACGACCGCUCAACUUUGACAUUUUAACGGAUCAAACAUCCACAUGUCCACAAAGUGGUAUUUAUAAGUCAACUAGUAAUUAUCGACCAUUGAUUCAAAUUUCAGCGUGUACAAAUGGUGGAGUAUGGACAUUAUUAAAUGGUUGUGAAAAAUCAAAUCAAUUAACAUUUACAACGAGUUGUAGUCAUGAAAUAGUUCCUGACGUUCAGGUUAUAACAGCUAUCAAAGGUACUUGUCUAGCGACAUGGUCAGAUAAAGUAUUUCAAAAAACAUUAGUAGUAUACGAACAAUCAAGAUCUUUUUGUCUAGUAAGUAUCUUACAACAGAAUAAGUGGAUAGGAAAAGAAAAAUCAACGUAUUUAGAUUCAUCCAACCCAAAAAAUGAAAGCAUCAUGGAUUCUCUAUGGCCAUAG